AUGAUGAAGUGGAUAGUUAUAGCAACGACAGUAGUUGUGUUGUUGACAUUUGUUGUGUCACCUGUAUGGUCUGAAGUUGGUGAUAUAGAGUUUAGAAUAGGUGGUGAAGGCGCUCAACAUGCAUUGCCACAUACAAGCUUUAAGAAGGAUAAGGAUGUCAAUAUCAAAUCAUGGACAACAUCAACAACAACAAAUACCAAAGGAAAGAAAACAGAUCAACUAUUAUUAGCAAGUGAUGAGAAGGGUGUCUUUGCCUCAAGAGAUAUCAAAGAGGGCGAGGAAAUAGUCAGCCUCUCAUGGUUCGACACAUUCUCAGCAGACAGAAUCAAAGCAGAGGACCCUUGGUUAUUUGAUCAGAUUGUCAAGUUGGAACUGAUUUCAGAGGAUGCAUUGGCUGUGGCUUUGUUGUAUUAUCGAUAUUGCAAGGAGGAGUUGUCGGAGGAUUACUCACAGUGGUUCUCGGCAUUCCCAGAGACUUUGAACACUGGUCUCUACUUUACAGAGGAAGAGAUUGAUCUGCUGCGUGGCUCCCCAGCAUACGUUCACAUCCAGGUGGUCAAGAGCGAGACCAAGCAGGUGUUUGAGAGACUGCGCAGCUCACUGUUUCAGAGCAAGCAGUUUGAGUUGUGCACAAUCACUUGGGAUCGCUUCAAGUGGGCCACAUCAAUCGUUACCUCGAGGAAGAUGUACACUGAUGCGCCAGGCGUCGACGAGCAGGGCAAUCCAGUGCUGACCGUUGUUCUGGCACCAUUUAUCGAUCACUUCAAUCACAAUGAGGAUGCACAGGCCGUCUACGACUUUGACCAUCAGAGUGCCACAAUCAAAGUGACCACCAUUCGUCCAGUGAAGAGUGGCGAGCAAAUCUUCUUCAAUUAUGGCAACCAAGACUGCAACAGUGAUCUCCUUGUCGACUUUGGCUUCAUUGAUCAAUCGCCAACAAGGAAGAACUGUGUCAACAUACUCAUCGAGGAGUUGGUAGAGACCAUGGCAAAGAAUGACCCCAAACUUAAGGAAAAGACAGAGAUACUUCAACAGUCAUUCGAGGAGAAUGGCAGGAUGAAGUUGUUUAAGGACUCGCUGACAGAGGAGUUGUUAAAGUUGAUCAAGUACUUGUCGUACAAGAAUCAGAGUCUGUUGCAUUUCUUGCAGAAGUUGGUCGAGCUCAAGAAGAACAACUAUCCAUCCACAUUGGAGGAUGAUCAAACAUUGGUGGCCACCGACACUUUCAAGAAUAUGUCCUAUCGCGCCAAGCUAGCAAUCAAGAUGCGUCUGCAAGAGAAGGAGAUACUUCGCGACAUUGGCAAGCUGAUCCAGGACCAAAUUGCCCAAACCGAGAAGCAAACAACAGACACAACAACAACUACAAACAGUGCCAAAGGAAGGGAUGAACUCUAA